ACCUCUUCGCCAGUAAGUUAAAAAAAACCUGACGGCCUGGAGAAAGGGUGACAUUGCCUUGAGACAUCCGACCCACUAAGCCCAAUGCCCCGCAAGCUGCUUGAUUAUCUUCACGGAGCGCUGACAAGGCUCAGCGUCAGGCAGGGUAAAAAGGGGACACCAGGAGGGGGAGACUCCCGGCGAGCGCUCUGCAUUCCAGGUCUUGACCCGGCUAUCUGGGACUGUCUGUGCGAUUUCAAGCUUGGACCUCAGCAGCACGAGGAAAUGGAGUUCAGCGGUGUAUAACGGGAAGCAUAUGGACAGGUCCACGUCCCUGCAUUUAGGUGCUAAGAGAUGGUGCUUGUGGGGCUCAUCUCUGCCUGAGAAUUGGGUGCUUCAGGCACUGGAAGAGCCAACUCUGAUCCUGGGCUCCCUGCUUGAACAAGCCUUCACUUUGAGCCACUCCAGUCCAACGGUCAAACUACUCCUUUUCUCUUAAUGAUGGGUAUUGGUAAGAACACUACGUCCAAAUCCAUGGAGGCUGGGAGUUCAACCGAAGGCAAAUAUGAGGAUGAAGCGAAGCACCCUGCUUUCUUCACCCUUCCGGUGGUGAUAAAUGGGGGUGCCACGUCCAGUGGUGAACAGGACAAUGAGGACACGGAGCUGAUGGCAAUCUACACGACAGAAAACGGCAUCGCGGAAAAGAGCUCUCUGGCCGAGACCUUGGAUAGCACCGGCAGUCUAGACCCCCAGAGAUCGGACAUGAUUUAUACCAUAGAAGAUGUUCCUCCCUGGUACCUGUGCAUAUUUCUGGGGCUGCAGCAUUACCUGACAUGCUUCAGUGGCACGAUUGCAGUGCCCUUUCUGCUGGCCGAUGCCAUGUGUGUGGGGUACGACCAGUGGGCCACCAGCCAGCUCAUCGGGACCAUUUUCUUCUGCGUGGGAAUCACAACUUUGCUGCAGACAACAUUUGGAUGCAGGUUACCCCUGUUUCAGGCCAGUGCUUUUGCAUUUCUGGCCCCUGCUCGAGCCAUCCUGUCUUUAGAUAAAUGGAAAUGUAACACCACAGAUGUUUCAGUUGCCAACGGAACAACAGAACUGUUACACACAGAGCACAUCUGGUAUCCUCGGAUACGCGAGAUCCAGGGGGCUAUCAUCAUGUCCUCCCUGAUAGAAGUGGUCAUCGGCCUCCUAGGCCUGCCUGGGGCUCUGCUGAAAUACAUCGGGCCCCUGACCAUUACGCCCACGGUGGCCCUCAUUGGCCUCUCUGGCUUCCAGGCAGCGGGAGAGAGAGCAGGGAAGCACUGGGGCAUCGCCAUGCUGACAAUUUUCCUAGUAUUACUGUUUUCUCAAUAUGCCAGAAACGUUAAAUUUCCUCUCCCAAUUUACAAAUCCAAGAAAGGAUGGACUGCAUAUAAGCUACAGCUUUUCAAAAUGUUCCCUAUCAUCCUGGCCAUCCUGGUGUCCUGGCUGCUCUGCUUCAUCUUCACAGUGACAGACGUCUUCCCGCCUGACAGCACCAAGUAUGGCUUCUACGCUCGAACAGAUGCGAGGCAGGGUGUGCUCCUCGUAGCCCCGUGGUUUAAGGUCCCGUACCCGUUUCAGUGGGGACUGCCCACCAUCUCCGCCGCUGGCGUCAUCGGCAUGCUCAGUGCCGUCGUUGCCAGUAUUAUCGAAUCUAUCGGGGACUACUACGCCUGCGCAAGGCUGUCCUGUGCCCCACCGCCUCCCAUCCAUGCAAUAAACAGGGGGAUUUUCGUGGAGGGUCUCUCCUGUGUUCUCGAUGGCAUAUUCGGUACCGGGAAUGGCUCUACUUCAUCUAGUCCCAACAUUGGAGUUUUGGGAAUUACUAAGGUUGGCAGUCGCCGGGUGAUACAGUACGGGGCCGCCCUCAUGCUGGCCUUGGGCAUGAUCGGGAAGUUCAGCGCCCUCUUCGCCUCCCUUCCGGAUCCUGUGCUUGGCGCCCUCUUCUGCACUCUCUUUGGCAUGAUCACAGCCGUUGGACUCUCCAACCUACAGUUCAUUGAUUUAAAUUCUUCCCGGAACCUCUUUGUGCUUGGAUUUUCAAUCUUCUUUGGGCUCGUCCUUCCAAGUUACCUCAGACAGAACCCUCUUGUCACAGGGAUAACAGGAAUCGAUCAAGUGUUGAACGUUCUGCUCACAACUGCUAUGUUUGUAGGAGGCUGUGUAGCUUUUAUUUUGGAUAACACCAUCCCAGGCACUCCGGAGGAAAGAGGAAUCAGGAAAUGGAAGAAGGGCGUGGGCAAAGGGAGCAAGUCGCUCGAUGGCAUGGAAUCCUAUGAUUUGCCGUUUGGCAUGAACGUUAUUAAAAAAUACAGAUGCUUCAGCUAUUUACCCAUCAGCCCAACCUUCGUGGGCUACACGUGGAAAGGCCUCAGGAAGAGUGCGAACAGCCGGAGUUCAGACGAGGACUCGCAGGCCACGGUAUAGCCGCAGCUCACCCUGUGGCCUGGCCGCAGUGAGGCAUGAAUCUAGUCCCUUGCUGAGUAACAAGCAGUAACAUAUAUGUUUGUAUAUCUGCAUUUCCAUCCUGCACCCCAGAGCUAAGACAGAUUGCAAAUAGCUUCUUUGUUGUGAUGGUAAUCAUGUCUAAUAUGGUGUCCGCUUCUCUCCUUAUUUAAGUCCUGACCCCUUGCCCUUGAGAGUGUGUACUGCUGGCCAUGGUCACUGAACUUGAAGUUCCUGUCCUCCUCUGGGAGUGGAUCUUUGAAAUCCACAGCAAUUCCUUGUUUCCAGUCCCCUUCCACUACCCCUAGCUUGCCUGUAAGCCACCCCGGGGGUCCAGGGGCUUUCUGUCCUGGAAGCACCUGGACCUGCUAGCUUCUUAUUUGACCUUGGCCCGAACUGCAGAGACCUCCUGUGGUCAAGCAGCAAGUAUCUUCGCAUGGUCCCAAUUGACUGGUCAAAUGGGAUUCUGUGUUCCCUGAUACAGAAUGAGGAAGAGGCUGUUGACCUGAUUGAAAACUGACGUGGUUACCCUGUGCCCAAAUUUGUGCAUGGGUAAGGUCUGUACAGAUCGUAUUAGGUUGGCAACCUGUUUGGGGGAUUGGAGGGGAAGGGAAAGGACCUUGACAUCAGUAUCUGAUUCUCAACUGCUCUCUUGGUGCCGUGCUGGCCCAGGCUGGGCCAGCGCAUUUCAUACUGGCCUCUUGUUCCCUAGUGGCUGACACGUUAUCUGGCAUGUACCACUCCUGGCUGGUGCAACGGGUAUAGAGCGCCACACGACACCAACCAGAUGUUUGUGGGAGUCUUGGCUCUGCUGUCAUGUGGAUGUCAGUUCUUGUCGUGUGUGUCUAUAAAUACAAGGUUUUAUUCCUAUUGAGUGUUAUUGACUAUCGCAGAGUUUUGAAAUCAGUGUUUUUCCACGUGACCCUCUGACCUUGCACCCCUAUUACUUGUGUUCCACCCUCUCCCUCUCAUUAAGGAAAGAACCAGCAUUUGUAAAGCUGUGGACACCAUCAGGGAAGCUUGUUGUCAUGGCUUUUGAAGGCCAGUAACCAUUCUUGUGGUUGUAUUUUGUAUUGCUUGACACCAUGAAAGUGUAAAUACUGUAAUGCCUAAUCUAUUUAUCAAAACUGACUACUGGACCAGAGCCCAGAAACCAUGGGGUAUGUUGUACGUGAAUUUGUUUUGUGAAGAAGGGAAGCCAGGGCAGGUAACAAACAGAGCUGCCAUAGUGGCUGGUCUGGCAUCCUGGUAAAUUCAUCACCACAGUUCUGUUGCAAGUUAUUUCCGGCAGUUAAGGCUUAAGGAGACUUUCUGCGGGUUGCCAUAUUGCGUGUCCACUGGAUCUUGAUUUCGCAGAGGGCAAGAUUAGAUCUCCUGGCCAAAUACCUUUCUUGUUUAAGUUAUUGCAGAAGGUGGUGAAAAGGCAGCCGCCAGGUCCCUUCUGUCGAGUUCUAAUUAGAUAACACUAAAUUCUUUUGAGAAUAAAUAAAAAAGGUGAGUAAAGUUGAAUUUGGUUUGAAGUUUUUCAACCAAAGGGAAAGUCUGAGACAUAUAGUAGUGACCUCGCUUCCUGGGGUCGUGCUUCCUAAGUGUCCGUUGACCUGGUUGAGCCUUGGACGGCAGUGGGCAUUCCUGUCUCCCAUCAGUGGGACGCGGCCAAGGUGCAUUUCCUGCCCCUGUGGUUGCCUCUGCUACGCCAGUGGUAUCAUCGUGCAGCCUCCUUGGCUCCUGGAAAGUUGAGGGCUUCAGGGCUUGUUCAGGCAAGAACACUUCAGAGCCACUUCAUUUUUUGCCAAGACUUUAUUGCAGAUUAAGAACUUAGAUUGUAAAUUACGUGUCAUUUUAUAUGUUACCUUUUUUGAAGUAUAUUUGAGGCAUAGUUUAUUUCGCAGCACACUGUUAAGGAUGGCCAUCCCUCGAGGCUGGCAGCCCUCCUACCCUGAGUUGCUCUCAGUUCCUUCUAUUGGCAUUUUUGUUCAGCAUCUCCAAUUUCUCAGCUCUGAAAAAUGAGGAAAGCUGUUACACAUCUCAGAAAAUUGUAGUAUUCUAGCUCUGUAGGUAAGCAGAAAGACCAGAUACUCAAAUGAAAGCAUCUGAACCAUCAGUAAUUCAGAAACAAAUAUGUUCCCUUCAACCUAACUUAACCGGGCAUCUCCCGCCCAGGGGGUAUCACUCGGGGUAUGUGCACCAACAUCCAGAGACCCACUCCCUUCUGAAACCCCUCCUUGAGUUAGGUUUUACUGGGAGGUUUCAGAUGUGCUGGGUCAGGAGUGUCUACAAGCAUUCAGAUGGGGAGGGAGACCCUGUACCCACGCCACCUGUGGGAAAGGGGUUAUUGCCCUUCUUCUUCCAUUGAGGCCAACUUUAGAUUCUCUGUCCAAGGACAGGAGUGGGGAGAGGUAGAAGGCGACAGGAGGUGGGGAUGAAAGAGGGCAGUCUCACUAGGGGCGCCAUUGAGUCUGGUACUUUCUGUACAGCCUGUGAAACUCACCUUUGCUUGAGCGGUUGGAGUCUCAUGAUAACUAACACAUCUUGUAUGUGCAGCAACCACCAACCAUUUUAGGAAAUGGUCCUCCCGCUAGCAAAUAUGUGACAGUAUGAGUCUAAUUGAAAGAAAAAUGUGUUCAUCUGCUGCUUGGAUUUAAGCACACCCCCUGAAGGGGAUGCUUUGUGGGACAUGGCGGCCAUGCCUGGUCUCUCCCUGUUCACUUCCCACUUUUAACUGUCGGCCUGUGUUGCUGCGGCUGCACAGCGACCGUGCUUUGGCCAGUAGAAUGUUUUAAAAUACUUUAUACACAAAUGUCCCGGAGCAGGGCAUUCAGUGUCCAAUUUCUGACACUGACCACCUACCCACCAUCUUUACAUUUACAUGAGCCAUCCUGAUGUGCAAAAUAAAGUGAAAGUAUAAGGACAGUAGAUGCAGCCGAAUCACAGCAGGGGGUGGGUAAAGGAGACCCCCACCACUGGUUUUGAUAAAAUACCUAACAUGGUUCACAGAAUGAUGGGAAGUGUCUCUAGCCUUUGUAAGCAAUUUUCAUUUUCAUUCUCACUAGGGAGUUAAAGUUAGAUUCAUUGGUACAGAAUCUUAAGAGGGUUUCAAGUGUUAACUUUUAGUAAGUUUUCUUAUACUUGGUCAAGGCAAGAGAAGUGGCUUAACCAGGUCAACUAGAAUGAAGCAUCAUGGGUCCUGCUGGUUUCCCAUUUUCAUGAUAACAAAUUCACACACAGGAUUUGCUUUAUACUGUAGAAUACUGACUUUCAUGAUGACAACUUGGUUUAUGCAUGAAUAUUGCAGUAUUUCCAUAUAGUAAAAUAACAUUUCUACCCAGGAUAAUAGUCACAGUUUUCCAGGGAGGGAAUGAUAUGAUUUUCAUGACAAUGUCAUGUGAUGAUAGAAUUUCUCCAUUGAUGAAUCUCUAGUAUGUGUGUAUACUUUAUUUACCCAUGCGUAUAUUUUGUGACCAUAAGCUGAGUUGUUAUUUCUUUAAUUCAUGUCCCUGCUGAAGUAUUGGUACUAGCAACUUAGACCUGAAGUUGGCAACUAUAAUCUUCCUUAAUAUCGAUGCCACAAGAGUAGCCAGGCCAGAAGGAAGGUGGAUAAGGAGCUCUGGCACGAGGAAAGGCAGUACUCUGCAGGCCGCUGUGUGUGGAGUGUGCACUCAGCUACAGAUGUCAGGCCUGGCGUGGCUGUCGCUGAUGCCUGGUGUGUACGCCGCGCCACGCCCCCUGGACACCGUGGUCAAGUGCACGUGCCUGAGCAUUGGCAGGGAGCUGCCCCUGGUCUUUAGAGAAGAGCCUGGAGUUUCACGUGUUGCACGUGUUAUGCCCUGUCCCCUUGUGAUUUGGAUACGGGGAACAAGACAUCUCCCACCCUACCCCCUCCCCGUAGUCACAACCCAAGUAGUGCAGGACGACCGCCCAUUUUUGCCAGUGUUCAGUUUCCGCCCAUGGACCCAGAAAGCACGUUAGCGCUGGGAAUCCCUUUUCAGCAGCCUCGCACACAUUCCUGUCCUAGGCUGUUCUUGACUCUGCCUCGUCAUCACUACAAAGUAACUUCCGGCAUCCUUACAAUUCCUGUGUGUGUUUCCCAGCACUUAGUUCUCCCGUACCAGUGUGGCCAUCUUAUGGCAGUUCAAAUUAAUACCAUUUUUUGUUUGUAACAACCUCUGUUUGACAUAUUAAUAAAUUUCUGACUGUUCUUAAAACAGUGGGGAUGUCUAUAUUUUCCUUGAGUUUUUGUGACUGACUUUGGCUAUGUACCUUUCUGGGAUAUUUUUUUUUUUUUAUGUUGCAUACCAAGGGUAUGUGGGUGGGGUUGUUUUUUGAGAUGUGUAAUUCUUUUAUGGAGUUUUUAAAAAGAAUUUUCAUAUUGUUUUCUAACAUGGCUUCAUUAAACGUUUAAGUAUUUUAAAAAUAUGUAAUAUUUGGACCAGAUGUUGUGAAUAAUAGUAGAGAUAAAGCUAUUUUAUUCUGUAUUUUUAAAACUGUUCCGUACAAAUAAAAGCUCUCCUGGACACAGUU